ACGAACUCAGUCAACUGCCAUAGAAACAGUUGAAAUUAUUUGCUCACGAAAAUAAACAAGUCAGUUUGCUAGUGAAAUAUUACCGAGAGAAAAAAACUUUUAACAUUAUAUUUUAUAUUCUUAAUGAAAAGAAAUUGUUUUAAACAACUAAAUAUUGCAUUAACUUCACCUUUAUUUUGUUAAGAGUUUAAGAAGACAACAAACAACAUGACUUUGGAGCCUACAGGAUCGAUUACCUCUUUGGACGCCAUGUCGGGCAAAUCUUCGGGACACGCCUCAAUCGUCGACAUUGGUUCGCGCGCCUCCAAUGCUAGUAAUUGGCAAUUGGAGAAAAUGAAGAUGCUGCUUAAUACCGCAAAUGCAACGAAUUCAUCAAAAGCAUUGGAUGAGAGACGAAAACUUGUGCGUGAAGAGUAUAAGAUGCGUAUGAAAGCAGCACCCAAGACUUUGGUGCAGAAGACCGAAGAGAAGAAGGAUCCAAUCGAACGACAACUGGAGGAUAGUGAUCAUAAAUUAAAGGAUUUGAUUGAGUUCGGACAAGAGUUGGUGACGAAUGUGAAGGUGGCCAAUGAGAGGCGCGAGCUCAUGCGUCGUGAGUAUGAGAGUGAGCGUAGUCAAAUACUAACAAAAGAUCUCGAGAAGGAAUCCAUCGAGUCGAUGGCGCGUUUCAAUGAAAUCGCCUCGAAAUGGUCGGAGCUGGAGGAAUUCAAAGAGCCGAUGGCAUUAUUUGAGCACUUGGAGGAGCAAAAAGAGAAGGUAGCCGCGUUAAUGGCGAGCAAAGACAGCCUCAUCGAGCAGUGUCAGAAGGAGAUAGAUCGCAUAAAUGCCAAGUACUAUGCCGAUCAAAUGGCGCAAGCGAAUGAUGUGCGCUGCCUAGUGGAACGCAUUGAUCGUCAAAUUGAGGUCAUCAAGAUGGCUUACAAUAGUCACUUGAAUAUUUUAGAAAAUACGAUUAACGAAGAGCGUGAAACGAUCGCAUUGCACGAGACCAACAAGUGGAAUAAAUUCUACGAUGACAUGGCGGAGAGUGAAAAGACGAAAUUCGAUUUAGCAAAGCAGAAGGAGGAAUUCUAUGCGGCUGAGGUGGCGCGCAUUGCCGCGGUACAGGAGGAGCUCACAUGCAGCACGCGUAUACGACUCGAGAAGGAGGCCGAAAUGUUGGAGUGGGAAUUGCGUAAUGUACGCAACACAGUGUUGAUGAACUCUGAAAAGUUAGACUACAAUUAUCAGGUGCUGCAGAAGCGUAAUGAAGAGAAUAUAGUGAUUAGCAAUCAACAGAAGCGACGUCUCGCCAAACUGAGUGAGAACAUAGCCGCUUUGAAAAUUAAAAUCAACGCCAUCAAUAAGCAACACUCAACCAAAUUACAGCGCUUCUUGACGGAAAUACAAAAACUGCAUGAGAGCAUUAGUGAUCUUGAGAUCAAAGCGGCACAGUUUCGUUCGAAUAAUAAACGAAAGUUCGAUCUCGUGUGGGAAAUCAAUUUCAAAGAGCUGAAAGAUCUCUUAACGAAGAUUUUCGAAAUCGAUCGCAUACUACAUGAACAGCAAUUGGCCGUGCCAUGGUCCAUGCCUGAUAUCGAUUGGACGGACAUUAAUGAGACUGCCAAAGCAGAGAAUAUCAGUAUAUUGAAGGAAGCUAGGAAGAAGCAAACUACCACUGAUGGACCAACAGGUGUUUGUGAAGAGUUGCUGGAGAAGGGUUUAGUGCGUAAUAUUUUGCGCAAAAUUGCUGAUCGUGCCGGUUUUCUCGUUGAAGAGAAACUGUUAAAAAUUCUAAGACCCUAUUCGGAGAAUGAGAAAUGCAUUGUACGCCUUGAUAAUAUAUUCUUAGCUUUACGUGUCGACAAUGUGAAUAUGGUCUCAAAGCUAACCGAGUGUUUUCUACCUUACGCCUAUUGCCCCAAUUGUCCGGGCAGUUUGCCGAAGGAGGCCAUUCAUGAUUUCUAUCGCAUUGGGCGUGAGUUUGAGGAUAUGGUUGCUCCGGAUGAUGACCUUAGUGAGAUCGAUGAAGAAGACAACUUAUCGGAGAAUGCAAAAGCACAAAAACAGUCGGAAAAAUGUCGCAAUAAACUCACAGCGCAUCCACAAUGCAAAAAUCACUAUUUGGUUGUGGAACCGGUAUUUGUGCUAAUGGCGCUGAAUGAAUACACUAAAAAGCAAAUGCAACAACAAAUGACUUAUAAGAAGUUCCUGGCAGCAAAUGAGUUGCUCAGCAAUACGAUUCCAUUCGAUGAUGAGACGAUCAAAUCAUUUUGGAAUAAGUUCAAUAGUUUUUUCCCCAAAGAAAAACGUAAGCUCUGGAUGACGCUGGAGCAUGGUCUCAAUCAUUAUGUGGAGGUGCUGAAGCAACGUACCAAACUCGAUAAGGAAUGUGCCUUCUUGCGGCGCCAAAAUAUGGAGCUGAAACAUCUUCUGCAGAAAUUUAAGGUUUAAUCGAUAAAUACAAUCGAUGCCAUUGAUACAAUCGAUAAACAUACAUAUUUUAUAAACGAGCUUUUGGAUGAAUUUUUUUACAUACGUUAAUAAUUUUUUUUUUGCAAUAAUGCCUUUGAUAAAAUAGAUAUGAAUUUUGCAUGCUCUCGAAAUUAUUAUUGUAAUAUAACUUGCUAAUUUACAAAUCGAUGUCGUGUUUAAUUUAAUAUAAUCUUAGUAAAAAUUGUUUUGGAGCAAAUGAAGAUUACUAAAUUCAA